GAGGCAGUUGACAGCGCAGAGCUAUACAAACAGCAGCUGGUAAACAAACCCAUUUCAAGACGGGACUGGAACGCGAACAAGAAACGUCUACGUAGAUUUAGAUCUCAUUUUAGUAUCGCACUGAGGACAUCGAAAAUAGCACGACCCACACAUGCUAUUUUUUCUGGCGUUGGUUGUUAAAUGAGGGCAAAACGCUAAACUGCGGUAGAUUGCCUACGACACGAUACCUUUGAGAUAGCAGUUCUAUUAUUACAGUAAUUCGCACUGUCGGGAAUCGACACUCGAGGUCAGCGAAUGAUGCACUGCAGCACUUUUCUACUUUACCAUUCUAUUUGUAGAGUACCCCUUAAGGGAUGUAGGUUGGUGUCUAUAGCUAGAAUAUUUUCCCCUGCGCUGGACUGAAAGCAUCAGCCCUCUGCUAUAUCAACAUCAUGGGACCCAUCAUGCAGGAACGCACAGCGUCCACGACACUGAAAAGAGUGACGUCCAAAGAGAAAAUUCGGGUGAAAAAUGCUGAAAAUAACGGGCCGAUUAACCCCAGUUCAAAGAAAGUUAACAAGGUGAAGAAGGCAGGAUCCCAACUGAAAAAUGGGCUCCCAUCUCCGGGUCACAAUAAGGACACAGUGCCAACUGCCCAGAAGACCACUCAAUAUAGAGGGAGCAGAGUCAAGUCUGACACUGCCCGAAACACAACCAAACUUUCAAGCCCUCAAGAAGAAGGCGUCUUGAAGCCCAAACCACACAAGCUCUCUUUAGCCCCGAGGAAAGACGAGAGGCGCGAGGUGCAGCGAGCGUCCCCAUGUUGCGCGGAGCUAGACCAGAACCGUGGGGCCAUGAGCAGGAGUCGAAGGGCUCUCUCUCUCCCCCUGUCGUCUCCCAUACCUGGGCUACAUCAGGGACCGACGCAGGCUCUCACCCACAUCCACAUCGGAGGCUCCACCCUGGAGUCCCUCAGACACUACGAGUCUAAGGAAGACGAUACCGACAGCGCCAGCGAUCUCUCGGACUCCGAGCGACUGCCCGUCCUCCCCUCCCCCUGCACGCCCUGCACCCCUCCUCACCUCAACCUCCGCGCCGAGGUCAUCAACUCCAACGACUUCCCCCCAGACUUCCCGGGGCCUGGUGGAGCCUCGGCGGAGGACAGUGGCGACGCUCCCAGCUACAGCUACCCCGACUUCCUGCCUCCGCCCUUCAACACCUGGAGCCUGCGGCAGCUGGCGGUCUUCCUCCACACGGAGGGCCGAGGCGCCCCCAGGCCCAAGCCCGUGGGCCCCCUGGAGAAGUACCUGGAGAGGCUGCUUCAGCUGGAGUGGCUCCAGAUCCAGACUCUGCAGAUGGAGAGUGGCAGCAAGCCCUCUGGCCUUCAUCCCCGGCCCUUAGGCUUCCCCUCGGCCACCGCUACCCAGCUGCCUCGGCCCCACACGGCACCCCCCACCCGCCUCAACUCCCCGAAGGGCCCUCGGCAGUCCCACCGCACCUUCCCUUUCGCCCCGGUUAACAACCCCCCAUCUCCGGCCUCCGCCCAGCAGCACUUCUCCCGGCUGCCGGUCUGCCCUCACUGUAACAUCCGCUACCCGCUCUGCAACGGGAGCUGCUCCGCCUAUGCCUACCAGCGCCACUCCCGGCUAAGCCCCCUGCUGGAGCGUAGGGCCCGACCCGGGGCCCCCGCCAAGAGGAGCAGCAGUGAGACCCGGGCUGCGUCCUCCGAGGGCAGGGCCCCGGGAAGCAGCCAAGGAGGCGCAGAAGCAGGAGGGGGAGGAGCACAUACCCCAGGAAGCCCCUCUGCAGGAAGGAGCCACAUGAAACACAUUCAGGCGGCAGGCAAUGCCCGCAAGCCCUCCCAAGAGCCUGGCGCCAAUGGCAACGGCAAAGGUCAGGCGGGCACGAGGAAGGGUCGAGUCCGAACCAGCUCGGAAACGGAGCGGAGGAAAGAGCCGAGCGGGGUCAGAGGAGUCGUCGGCGUGGAGAAACGUGUCAACUCCGGGAGUAAACGAGAGGUCAACACCAUUAAGAGGGCUGAGAGAGACUGUCAGAAGAGUGCUGAAGUGGGAGGAGCUCAGGCAGCCAAGACCGGCAUCAGAAAAACAUCAAAGGAAGUGUCCUCUUUCUCCAGGGCACCCAUAGGAGACAAGCAGAAUGUCAAAGCAAAAAACGUUGUUGCAAAGUAAACCACUUAUUUGUCGGUAUAGUGGAGCUAUAAGCUAUGCUUGCUGUAUGUGUAAUUAUCAGUGCUUUAUUAACAUGUCCUGUAGAACUGUUUUACAGCAGUAUAAAUCAGUCGUGUGUAGCCUUAAAAAGGUUAAAAUAAUGACAUCUGCUAUUCUAUUUAUUUCAGUCGUAUUCCUUCAUAAGAGACAGUCAUCAUAGAUUAAUGUAGUUCUCAAGCAAUAUGGUUGUAGAGCUUUUGGUGAACUGUUAGGAAACAAGUUAGAGCUGACCGGGCUAGGCUUAUAGGCACACCGAACACCUUGGCUCACGGCACUUUGCACUGUACAGCCACUUCAGUUCGUACAGGUUUAAAACAUAACUGGUAAGAUUGUAACAGUAUCUAUUCAAGCCUUCUUCAACAAUGGAUUCAUCAUAAAGCACUUCCAUUUAAGAUCACUUGUAAACACGGGUCACUAAUAGUAUAUUAGUGGAGUUGUUGUUUGGUGUUACAACGUGUUACUUAAUGUUCACUCUGUUGGUAGUUUGAUGUUGCUUGAAAUUUUAAUUGCUUUUGUUUUUUGUGCCUACAAGAAGUGCUUGGUAUUUGGUUUAAGGUAUCAGUUGGGAUCAGUUGAACUGGAUUGGAAACAAUAAAUUGUGCUAUUGUAGUAU